AUGGGUUCUGCUCGCGUUGAGCCCCCAAGAGAGGACCACCUGGGGGGCACAGCCAUUGUGGAUUGUGACUGCUCAGAACUGUUGCGUUGUAUCAGAGAUGAUGUUUUUCCCUGCCAGGAGAGUCCAACUUCUGACUUGUACAAGGUUGUUUGCCAGCUUCGGCCAUUAUGGGUUCCAGUGCUUUUCAGCGGAGUCAACACGGGCAUCCAGACGUCGAGCUUGGCCUACAUUGGUUUAAACUUCUUUGCCCAGCAGUACACCAGUGUCAGGCCAGAAGACAUCCACUGCGAGGACACGCCACAACUCGGCUAUUGCCAGGCAGCCAUCAACGACAACUUGUUCUGGAGCAGCGUCAUAGGCGCCGUCGGCUCCUUCAUUCAUUUUAUCCUGGGCCCUUUCCUGGGUGCCCUGAGUGAUGCUGUGGGUCGAAGACCAGUGAUCCUGCUCUGCAGCUUGCUUGGCUACCCCAGCCUGGUGGCAUUGAUUCUCUUUGUGUAUAGAAACACCAGCUUGUACUACACCUUUGCACUGCUGCCGUUGGCAGAAUUGCCGGUGCUGGCAAUCUGGUUUGCUUUUAUCGUGGACUUGAUGGAGGACACGCGAGAUAGCAGUGUGGCUUUUGGCGUUAUCAUGGCCGCUGGCCUCCUCUCCACGAUGGUGGGCACGGGAAUCGGUGCAGCACUGUCACUCAAAGCAGGUGUUCUCGUCAUGGCCUUUGUAUGCACGACGAUCCUCUUGCCAUACCUGGCCGGACGCUUCCCGCCUCCAAGCGCCAAACGCUGCGCUGUGCGGCUGCGGAAACGCGCUGUUUGUGCAACUGUCAACAUUGGCUCCUUGGCUGCCUGUGUGCCUAUGAAAUACGUUCACUGGCCCAAGUCCAGCAACAACCUCGCCAUAGCCAUCGCCAUGGCGUCCAGCGUAGCUUGGGCUGGGGUCGGCCUGUCUUUCACAUCGCGAAUUGUCGGAGAUGUUGGCACACUAGGCCUGGCGCUUUUUGCCGGCACGCUCUACAUGCUCAGCUUUGCAUUCAUUACGGAAGCAUGGCACGUGUACGUUCUCAAUGCUGUACUUUUGGGCCCGCAAGCCCUGGCAUUCCCAGCCACCUCUGCCAUCAAGAGUCGGCUGGUGGCCGAAAACGAGCAGGGGCAGCUUCAGGGUGCGCUUACCACUGGAAAGAGCAUCGCUGAAUCGCUUGGUCCACUGGUCUUUAGCUUCCUUUUCGAGGCCGUGCGAUUCUGCUGUAAAGAAAAAGGCAACUGUGGGGUUAUAUAG